GUGUUCAGCUCUAAGAGCGCGAUCCGGGAUGCGCGCAGACGCGUCGGGGACUCGUAUAUUUUUCGCACCCGAAACCGCGCGGCCAGUCAGCGAUCGGCGCGGCGAUCAUCGUCUUCGUCGUUUUCUAUAAAAAAGCACUUGUGGGGAAAUCAUACUUUUCAGUACAUUCGCAAAACUAAACCGGUCAGCAUCGGGAUCACACAGGAAUCGGAAAGCGCGCGCGCCGGGAAAAAUCUUACUCUGCGCCUCUCGGUUUCGCGGUAGUUAUUUGUCCUUGCGUCAGCCCCAAAUUAGUUAUCCGGUGAGGGGGCGCUAGUGGUUUUUUUCGUGUCUGUACUGGUGUGAUUUGGGUUAGUGUCUACUGUGUGUGCCUUAGCGCACACUGAACCUGACACCCGGUGGACUGGUGAGAGGAAGAAAAAGAAGAAUUUCAUUCACGCACGUCCACUUCUGCCGUUAAGCCAGUGUGCUGGAUCGCGGAUUUUCACGGCGGGUGGCAAACUCACGUCCGACAGAUUGCAACGCCCAUGCCAUGCGUGAUUCACUUUCGCAAUUUUUCUCGUCAGCAGCUGGUCAUGACUGUCGGAAACACAGUUCAGACUCCGAUAAUAGCUUUACAGGACAUAAUGUGUCAGUUAAAGACGUAUCAAAAGGAAACUGGAAUGCCCAAGUUGGUGACGGAACCAAAGAUCCCAACGGGAAUGUUGGGCGAGGGACGUCCGAAACGGCAGAGACCGACUCAUCAGGGACCGGGGGGAUGCGGGACUCGCUGGAGGGGUCGGGCUCAGCGCCGAACGACAUUAUUCACCUCCAGAGACGGGUGGGACUCUUCAGUGGGGUUGCUUUAAUUGUCGGAACGAUGAUCGGGUCUGGAAUAUUUGUAUCGCCAUCUGGUUUACUGGUGAGAACUGGUUCCGUUGGUGUGAGCUUUAUUAUAUGGAUGGCUUGUGGGUUGCUCUCACUGUUAGGUGCAUUGGCGUACGCUGAGUUAGGCACGAUGAAUACAUCCUCCGGUGCUGAAUGGGCAUACUUUAUGGACGCGUUCGGCGCAUGGCCGGCAUUUUUGUUCUCCUGGGUCUCGACGCUGGUUCUGAAACCGUCCCAGAUGGCCAUCAUCUGUCUGUCGUUCGCGCAGUACGCCGUCGAGGCCUUCGUGUCCGAAUGCGAUCCACCCUUGACUGUUGUGAAAAUGGUUGCAAUACUGGCGAUUGUGAGCAUUUUAUUUGUAAAUUGUUAUAGUGUUAAUUUAGGGAUGGCUGUACAAAAUAUUUUUACCUCUGCUAAACUGAUCGCGGUUGUGAUCGUCAUCUGCGGUGGCGCCUACAAACUGUUCCAGGGAAAUACGCAACACCUGCAGAACGCAUUUGACGGGCCGAUGCCCUCCCUGGGGGCAAUCGCCACGGCUUUCUACACCGGCCUGUGGGCCUACGAUGGCUGGAAUAAUCUGAACUACGUCACCGAGGAGAUCCAGAACCCGAGCAAGAAUUUGCCGCGUUCCAUCAUCAUCGGUAUCCCGCUGGUGACGUUGUGCUAUGCACUGAUCAACAUGUCCUAUCUGGCGGCGAUGUCCCCGAGUGAGAUGAUCGAAUCGGAAGCCGUCGCUGUCACAUUCGGUAACCGAAUUCUCGGGGUCAUGGCUUGGCUGAUGCCGCUGAGCGUUACAAUCAGUACCUUUGGUAGCGCCAACGGGACACUUUUUGCCGCUGGAAGGUUGUGCUUUGCUGCUAGCCGUGAAGGGCAUUUACUGGAUAUCUUGUCCUACGUACAUGUACGUCGCCUAACUCCAGCCCCAGGGCUGAUCUUUCACUCUCUCAUCGCCGGAGCGAUGGUUAUGUAUGGUACGAUCGAUUCUUUGAUCGAUUUCUUCAGCUUCACGGCAUGGAUCUUCUACGGUGGUGCAAUGUUGGCUCUGAUUGUGAUGCGUUACACCAAACCCAACUACCCAAGACCUUAUAAAGUUCCACUCAUCAUUCCAAUUUUGGUUAUGGUCAUUUCCGGAUAUCUGGUAGCGGCUCCGAUCAUCGAGAAGCCGCAGAUCGAGUACCUGUACGCCGUGCUGUUCAUCUUCGCUGGGCUCAUCUUCUAUAUUCCGUUCGUCCAUUUCGGAUACCAUCCCAAGUUUAUGGAUAACUUCACCCUCUUCUUCCAAAUGCUGUUUGAGGUUGUACCCACAACAUCGAUGGCAAUGUUCGAUUGAGCUGAUUCAUAUUCUUAAAUAGAAGUUGUACAAUUGGACCUAGCACAGUUUGAAGUAAUUUUGAAAGCUGGAAAAAAAACUUGACUACAACUACUGCGCGACUAUGUAUUCUAUACUAUCUUAACUCACUGGCAAAGAAUAAACAGCAUAUUAUACGAUUUUUGUGAGAACCUAAUCAAUCUUGUACCAGUACCAGUAAUCAAAUGUAAAUUCAGUGCUUCAAAGCCCGAUAUUCGGAUGUUGAAAAAAUAGCAAUACUAAUAUAUAGAUUGCAGCAACUUUAGCUUGCAAACAAGCAAACCAAUCGAUGUCUAGCAAAAGUAGAUCUGUUUUAAGCGAGCGUUAGCUUCAGAUAACGCAUCACCAAAGAAAUAGUAAGAAGGAAGACGACGGUACAAUGAAUAUUAAACUCUAGUAUGAUGUGCCAAUCGAAGGCGUAGGAAAAGUCGGGAGCAGAUAAAUGAAAGAUCAGAAAAAAAAACCAGCGAAGCAGACCAUACAAAUUGAACAAUGCAAAUGCCAUAAAAAAUACCAAGCAACAACAAAGACACAAUACUGCUCAAAAUCCCAAAAACGAAAACAUAUAUUUAUACUGUUUUUGUUGUUCAGGAUUUCGGUUCAUUUUCGACAAAACAAAAAAAAAAAGAUAAGAUACAAAGUUUACACAAACACGUUAAAAAGAUAUCCAAAAUGUUACUCAUCAUGAUCACACCGAUAUUUGGAACCAAUUACCUACAUUAUCGUCGUUCAGAACAUAGGAAAGGAAAACAAUUUCAGAUAAAAGACUAUAUUUGUAGAGAUGAGAUCUAUUGUAACAGAAUUCGAACGAAGACGCUUCCAACGCAAACAAAACUGUGAAAGAUCAAGAUAAUGCAAACACGUGGAACGAAACCGAUAAUGGGGCGCAACUACUUUUUGAUUUGUCAAUAUACUCAAUUCGCGUUACAUUUAGAACUUAUCUUGAGGGGAAGGAACUUUUCAAUGGUGUGGAACGGUAAAAUAGAUUCGAUAGAAAGCCAUUUUUGCCACCAAUUUAAUACAUUCAUAACACAUCGUAAGCUGCACGGAUCAUUCCCGAAUGGCGCUUUCCCGAGAAAGAAAAUCGAAACUUGACAGUUUUUCAACAAAUUUUCUUGGAAUUUUAACAAUCAAUGGGAAACGACCAUUAGUUCGUCUGUUUGGUGCAGGAACUGACGAAAACCCUAAAUUUUUGUCCUUCGCUGAACCACACCAGGACAGAAGCUUUAAACAAGUCUGGAACUGACCUACUGUGACUCUGUUGAUUAAAAAAUCAUAAAAAGAGUGGCUGCGCCUGAGUUAAACAAUCGUUAAGAUCGUUCAAACAGAUGCUGGGGCACUCUAAAUUGGCGCUGAACUGAUCGGCUAUUUUAUUAGAGUAGGCCAUUGAAGGCAGACAGGCGCACAUUUCUCUUAGCGGUCUUAAUAAAAAUUAAAAAUUGAAACCAUUUCGUGAGUUACUCACGAGCAGGCAAGCCUAUGUUCAAUAGUUUGUGUAAGAACCAUUUUUAAAACUGUUAUUUUGUGUGCAUCGUUUGUUAAACAAAUAAAAGAAAGGAUCAUUCGUUGAAGCGUGAUACGAUCGGUACACUAAUGGAGCUAUCAUUCCGUACCGACGGAUCGCGAAAUCAUCCGUGAAAGGCUUAUAUUUUCACCGUAAUUUAUCUUAUCGCUUUAAAUAAAGGAAAAAUACUUAAUCUUUUUGCUAUAGAUAAAGUUCGUUCCAUGUUACCAGUGGAAAAGCUAGGAGCUAAAAUAGCAACAAAAAAACUAGGACCCGAUCGAGUUUGAGUGUACUUAUCGUGCUGUGAGACACAUAUAGUUACAGACAAUGUAUCGAAUUGUCAUAUAGAGAAGGCGGCAAAAGAAAGAAUAAAUAAAGAAAAUUAUUUUAAUAACAA